UCCUAUUCUCCCUCCAAAAACAUAUCUCAUCUCUCUCUCCUUAAACUGUAAUCUGUAUAAAAGGCACUCUGGAUAGAGUUCUACUUAGAAUUUCCUCUCUCAGAGAUCUUCGUUUGUUCUUCUCGUCUCUUGUAUUUUUAAGCCUAAAGAUUUCUUCCUUUUUGUUUUUCUCUUUCGUUUUCUCAUAUGAGCUUCAAAACUACGUAUUAAUGGAGAGAAAAAUGAAGGGUGCUGUGCUCAUUAAUGUAUUAGUUCUGCUACUGCUAUAUGGAUUUGCCAUGGGCAAGGAGUGCACAAACACCAUCCCAGGCAUGAGUUUACAAUAUGAAAUUGCAUCAACAAAAAAUGAGACAUGGAAAAAACAGAUGUUUUCUCAAUUCAAGGUGAAUACAGUGUAUGAGAAAACAGCAAAUGUGUCGAAAGGCAGCACUUUGAAUUGGAAAAAGAUUUCUGAUCAAAUCACCAAAGCUGUCAAGUCCAAUCCUCCUCGACAUCUUCUCAAGGAAGUUUCAUUACAUGAUGUUAGGUUGGAACCAGAUUCACCCCACUGGAGAGCUCAACAGACAAAUUUAGAGUACCUGCUGAUGCUGGAUGCUGAUAGAUUGGUCUGGAGCUUCAGGAAAACAUCAGGCCUGCCCACUCCUGGCAAACCAUACGGGGGCUGGGAAGCACCAGAUAUUGAGCUCAGGGGUCAUUUUGUAGGACAUUACUUGAGUGCCACAGCAAAAAUGUGGGCUAGCACUCACAAUACAACUCUCCGACAGAAAAUGUCUGCAGUUGUUUCGGCUCUUUCAGAUUGUCAGCAGAAAGUGGGAACAGGUUACAUUUCUGCUUUUCCAACUGAGCAAUUUGAUCGCUAUGAAUCUCUUGUAUAUGUGUGGGCACCAUAUUACACCAUUCAUAAGAUAAUGUCAGGUCUUCUGGAUCAACAUACAAUUGCUCAAAAUCGUCAAGCUCUGAAAAUGCUGACUUGGAUGGUUGAUUACUUCUACAACCGUAUUCAAAAUGUUAUUUUAGAGUUCAGUCUGGCAAGACACUAUGCAGCUCUUAAUGAGGAAACUGGUGGCAUGAAUGAUGUUCUUUAUAGGUUGUACUCCAUUACGAGAAAUCCUAAGCAUUUAGUGAUGGCUCAACUCUUCGACAAACCAUGCUUUCUAGGGGAGCUUGCAGUACAGGCUAAUGACCUAGCUGGUUUCCAUGUCAAUACGCAUAUCCCAAUUGUUAUUGGAUCACAAAUGAGGUAUGAAGUCAUCGGUGAUCCUCUUCACAAGAGUAUAGCAAUGUACUUCAUGGACAUAAUUAAUUCUACACACAGUUUCGCUACAGGGGGGACAUCCAUUGAUGAACACUGGAAAGAACCAAGUCGCCUAGCAUCCUAUCUAGUGCCAAAUAAUGAGGAAUCAUGUACAACUCAUAACAUGCUAAAGGUUUCUCGCAAUCUUUUUAGAUGGACUAAAGCAAUGGCUUAUGCAGAUCAUUAUGAGCGUGCACUGACUAAUGGUGUACUGAGUGUCCAAAGAGGAACAGAGCCAGGAGUCAUGAUUUAUUUUCUUCCACUUGGUCCUGGGAAUACCAAGGCUAUAAGCAGCCAUGGCUGGGGAACACCUUUUAAUUCUUUCUGGUGCUGCUACGGCACAGCAAUUGAAUCAUUCUCAAAAUUGGGAGAUUCCAUUUAUUUUGAAGACAGAGGAAAAGUCCCAAGACUUUACAUCAUCCAAUAUAUAUCCAGCUCUUUCAACUGGUAUCAUGGACAGACUGUGAUUAAUCAGAAAGUUGAGCCUGUUAUUUCAUGGGAUCCUUACCUUAAAGUGAUAAUAAAGACUUCAGCUCUUCCAAGCUCAGAGGGAAGAAGCCAAUUCUCUACCUUGAAACUGCGGAUACCAAUUUGGACAAAUGUAAGUGGUGCUAAGGCAGCAAUAAACGAAGAAAAUCUAAAACUACCAGCUCCAGGUAAUUUCCUAUCAGUCACUAGAAAAUGGGCUCCUAACGACACAUUAACCCUCCAGCUGCCUAUUAAUUUGAGACUAGAGGCAAUUAAAGAUGACAGGCCUGAAUAUGCUUCCGUUAAGGCAAUACUUUAUGGCCCUUAUCUGCUUGCGGGGCAUUCCGACGGCGACUGGAACAUCAAAACUGGAAAUGCAACUUCCCUUUCAGAUUGGAUAACUCCAAUCCCUCAUACUUAUAAUAACCAUUUGGUCACUUUUACCCAACAGUCAGGAAACUCAACCUUUUUCUUGAUGAACUCAAGCCAAAUCAUUAUAAUGGGAAACUCUGCUCGAUUUGGCAAUAAUACUGCUCUUCAGGCCACUUUCAGGCUCGUUUUUGCUGACAAAUCUCCUUCAAACGUUUUAUCUACUCAGGAUGCCAUUGGAAAGACGGUGAUGCUAGAACCAUUUGAUCAUCCAGGAAUGCUAGUAGUGGUUCGAGCAGAUAAAACACUGGCGAUUGGAGACCAGGGACCUUCUGCUUUCCACUUGAUCGCAGGGUUGGAUGCAAAAGGAACAGUAUCUCUGGAGUCAGAAACACACAAGGGCUGUUUUGUUUACGGCGCUGUGACUAAACAUUCAGGUCGACGCUUGGCGCUCAAGUGCGACUUGGAUGUAUCGAAUUCUAAGGAUGCUCAUGCUGCCAGCUUCGUAAUGCGGAAGGGAAUGAGUAGAUACCAUCCUAUCAGCUUUGUGGCAAGAGGAGCAACAAGGAAUUUUCUUUUGGAGCCAUUGCUGAACUAUAAAAAUGAAACAUAUACUGUUUAUUUCAACAUUCAUGCUUAAGAACUGUUGACAGUCACAGGGUUGGAAAUAAAAAUUUUGAACAAGGAAUUCGCAUGAAUCCUA